UGUUUACAGGAACAUUUCAGAAUCUUUUAAAGAAGAUUUAAUCUGAGCAUUACAUUAAUUACAAAAUAAUGACGCAAAAGCUAAAAUUAAAUAGAUAAAAUCCAAUGUUUGUGUUUGGUGGGAAAAUAUUGAUGGGCAGCGAUGAAGCAGGUAAAUACAGGUGUAGAUAAACCUCCAUUUAUAUUAUACAUUUCCAUAUUCACUUCUCCCAAUACAAGUUCAAAGUAAACCAGGCUAAUAAGAUUCAUAGUGGGAGGGUAGAAGCCUUGUAUCUACCAUUCAGAAGACGCAGUUACUCCAACCAGAAGCCAGAGAAAGAGAGAGCGGGCGACAAACAGCCAGUAAUGGUCAUCCACACACAAGUGCGUGUAGGUGUGGUGUAAAGAACAAGAGUUGUGUCUGACUGAAGGAUGGAGUUGAGACUAGUGUAAUUCCCGGUGCGUAAGAGCGUCAUGGAUAAAGCGAAACUAGCGCAGCUGAGAUCAGUGAUAGGGAACGUCGGGGACGCGUUAGUCAUCACCAGCCUCGGCACAGACACCGGUGCCUUCACAGUCUGUUUUUCUUCGUCGUGAUGCUUUAGUGAUGUAGGUUUUCAAGACGCACAGGUGGGAGCGCCUCGUCUUCACACCAGAGUGCACUUGUUUCUCUUUCUGACUUCCACUUAUCGGUUUGGGUGAAACAACAGACUUAACAUGGAUACUCCGAGGGAAACCAGGAAACAAAAAAUCAAAGCCAAAUCAGCCAAGCGCAAGGAUAAGACGCACAAGUCCCAGAAGCUGUUCAGAAGGAAAUCGCUAAAAUCGCUUGGGAAUUUUAUGAGCAGAAUUGUCAAAACUUUGGGCACUUUGGCACACUUGGGGGACGCGGACCAGCCGGACGCGGCGGAGGAUGAUGAUGGUGGGUUUGGAGACACUCUGAGCGCCCACAACACUGGGAAUCCCAGAGAGAGCUCGGCGAGGAAGACCGCUGCUCCCUCAUCUUCUUAUGGAUCCGUCAAAGAAAGACUGUCCUGGUGUUACGGCGAGAAAACUCCGGGGGUUCAGGGUCUAAAGAACCACGGAAACACCUGUUUUAUGAACGCCGUGGUGCAGUGCUUGAGUAACACGGAACUUCUGGCAGAGUAUUUGGGUCUGGAGCAGUAUAAAUGUGAAUUCAAUGAGAUGAGGAUCAACGGGAUGAUGAAGAACGAGGAGGUGAGGGGGGAGGUGACGGAGAAGCUGGCAUCGCUAGUGAGGGCGCUCUGGACGCUCGAUUACACGCCUCAGCUGUCAGUGGAAUUUAAGAGUGUUGUGUCCAAGUAUGGCUCUCAGUUCAAGGGGAACGCUCAACAUGAUGCUUUGGAGUUCCUGCUGUGGCUUCUGGACCAUGUACAUGAGGACGCCAGCCUCUCCACCAACAACAACCACAACAGCAAAACCAAACCAUCCAGCAAGGGUCCUGUGGGAUUGGAAGAGAGUUCAUGCCCCGGCUCAGCAAACUCACAGAAGCCUGGAACUCGACACAGUUUCGUACAGGAGCACUUCCAAGCUCAGUACAGGUCAUCAUUGACGUGCCCUCAUUGCCUUAAACAGAGCAACACUUUUGACCCUUUCCUGUGUAUUUCACUUCCAAUCCCUCUGCGACAGACCAGGGCCCUGAAUGUGAUUCUGGUGUUCAACACUGAAGGUCAGCGGUUUCUGAGAGUAGGGUUGGCUGUGCCUCUCUUUGGGUCUAUCUCAACGCUCAGGGCCAUGGUAGCAGAGGAGGGCAAGAUCUCUUCAGACCAGGUGAUUUUGACAGAGAUGAACACAAAUGGGUUCCAACGCUCUUUCUCUGAUGAAGAUGAUAUGACGAGUAUCUCAGAGAGUGAUGUCAUCUACGCCUUCCAGGCUCCACCCCUCUUCAGAAGAGGAGGCUCCAUGCGAUUCUCAGGGUUCCAUCACUCCCUCCCUUCCUCGCCAUACAUUGCAGAGCCUGAAGGUCACAGGUUACCACCCUCAGGGACGUUAUCAUCAGAAUUCUUGAAUCAGGGAGGUUCUUCAAAGAUCCUCCUGUUAAUCUGCAAUGUUGCUGGGUCUGGCCAACAAGUUACAAGGUUUGGGCCUCCAAUCCUGAUGAGAGUAGAAAGGACUCUGUCUUGGGAUCAUCUGCAACAGAGUGUCUGCAAUAAGCUUUACUUAUUUCAGAAAAAUACAAUCAUGAAGACUACUGAACUGUUUAGGAUUCGUGUGGUGGGUGGGUCAGCUUCCUGCAGUUACCUGUCUCCCCAUGACAGCAGACCUCUGUGCCACCCAACCGUGGACAGGGCCCUGAAAUUAUGUGGUCCUGGUGGUCCUCUGCAUGUGAGGCUUGUGAUUGAAUGGGAGAAUAGAAUCAAAGAAUGUCUCUUUGGUAACAUUCAAGAGGAAGUUAUUGAGGAUGCAGAGAGUGUAAGAAUGCAGCAGCAGAAUCAUGUACAGCAGCACAGUUGCACACUGGAUGAAUGUUUUCAGCUCUACACCAAAGAGGAGCAGCUGGCGCCAGAUGAUGCAUGGAAGUGCCCCCACUGUAAGCAGAUGCAGCAGGGGAUGGUGAAGAUGAGCUUAUGGACCCUGCCUGACAUCCUCAUCCUGCACCUCAAGCGUUUUCGGCAGGUGGGCAAACGGCGAAACAAGCUCUCCACCCUCAUUCGCUUUCCGAUAAGCGGUCUGGAUAUGACUCCCCAUGUGGUGAAACGCAGUCAGAGCAUGAAGAAUUUGGCCCCGUGGCCUGCAACUUGGAAACAUGGAGAUACUGACUUCCUAUAUGACCUGUAUGCAGUCUGUAACCACCACGGAGGCAUGCAUGGAGGCCAUUACACAGCCUAUUGUAGGAACUCUGUGGACGGCCACUGGUACAGUUAUGACGACAGCAGUGUGGAGAUUGUGCCAGAGGAUGAACUGUGCACACGCGGGGCAUAUAUCCUGUUCUACCAGAGAAGAAAUGUCAUCCCACCCUGGUCCGCCAACAGCUCGGUCAGAGGUUCCACCAGCUCCUCUAUGUCAGAUCAUUGGCUCAUCCGUUUGAAUGGUGAUAGUAAAAGAGGAAGCAUGGUCUCACGGUCUUCCACAACAUGCCCUUCUUCCAUCCCAGACUCCCCAGAGUCUCCCAUCUUUCAAAAUGUACCCUCAAUGGACGAGAGAGGUGGGUUUGAAAGCAGACCUUUCGUGCGAGGAAUCCAAGGGCGUAGCGUAAGCAUGAAAAGUCCCACCAAGACCAAAAUGCUCCCACUGCGAUGGUCCUUUGGAAACAAAGACCGCCACAAACCUGCCCAAGUUCCUGGCCAGGCUCCUGCAGAACUGGUGGAGUAUUUAGAAUCUGGCAGAAGGCCAAGAUGCACCAAAGACCCUAUUGUUGCCCUAAUGAAUCGACCUUCUGAUAAAACAAGUGGUAAAGAAGAAGUUACGAAAAAAUCCACAGCCAAAUCUUCAAGCCACAGCAGCCUCGGACCUCCAGAGUUUCUCAAAAUACCACAGGGUCAAGAAAAAAGUAGCUCAGAGAAAGCAAUGGGCCAACAACCCAGCAGCAGACCAAGAGAAGAUGGAACCUUGACCAGACGGAGCAACAGAAAAUCAAAACAGGACAAAUCACAGUCCAGAAACAGCUCCGGCACAGGGAUCCAAUCCAGUUCCAGUGGUCCAAGCAGGUGGGAUGAUCCAGGUGAGGAGCGACUCCAUCUGGAGGAGAAACAGAGGAAGGGACCGGAGACAAAACAUCACGACAAUGUCUUCGCUUUUCUUAAAGGUGGUUUCAUGAAGAAAGACUCGCUUCGGAGGUCUCGAGACAGUGAAUCUGUGAAAAGUGGUGACACAGAUUUGAAAAGCCUAUCUGGAGUUUCACUCUCCAAUGGGACACACAAAAAAAUUUCAGAAGGUAAAGCUAAUAGCACUAACCAAGCUCGUAGCAGACUUGGAGAUGAAUUUGCAAAUGGCAAGGUGAGUCGUGGGUCAUCAGACAUUAAACGCUCGCAAAGUUCUUCCAAUAUUCAAAGCAAGGCCGAUCUAAGCUUAAAGAGGACAGCAUCUCUACACAGGAAUGGCACGUUGGCAGCUCAGCUGCAGAAUGUUCCUAUGGACAGGGGCUCUCAGAACACCCUGCAACGCACACGCUAUAGCACAAACUCGCUGGGCAGAAAGAAGGCAGUCCCUGAAUCAAGCUUCUGAGACUUACUUCACUACACCCAAAUAUCACAACAGUGUAGCAAAUAUCUAAAAGCCCAAGUAAGAACUAUGUUAAGAAAGAAAGCUUUGAAAUUAUGGCAGCACACUAUGAAGUUGCACAUACUGUACAUUUGGAAUAAGUGGAUGAUAUUUUUGUUCACUUUUCUCUGCUUAUAUGAAGUGCCUCUGAACCAGAGCAAAUGUUUAUUUAUUUUUUUGUCAGAUUGUGUUUUGGCACUGGAAGUACAUUGCACACUGGCCUCAGCACCAGGAUUUUAAAUUGAAAAAUGAUUUGCCUCAGAUCUGCCACUAAAUAAAUUUUUCAGCUGUAAAACAUUAAUGUAAU